AUGGUUCUUUUUCAAUUUUGGUACAAGGCUGAAAUUAUUGUUACUAGUGUCCUAAGAGAGAAUUAUGAGAACGACACCAGUAGGAAUACAGUUGGUACAGCAGAGAAGAAUAAAAACGAACCAGAACAAUCAGAUCAUGGAUUAACGACCUUCUCUGCACCAAUCAAAGAUGACUUCCAAGCUGCUGUGGAAUCUGUUAUCGAUGCAGGAGAGUCUACCCUUAAAGAGUUGGAGACCAUAGUACCUGUAACCGAACACAAGGAACCAUCUGAAAUGGAGUUUCUUCACGAGGAAACAGAUGAACCGCUUUCGAACGAAGAGACCUUUUGA